AAGAUCACUAUGAAAAAAAAAAAACAAAGUCGACUAGCAUGCACAUGAUCAAGCUUAAAAUUUUAGCGAUAUAACCAAAAAAAAAAAAAAAAUUGAUUAAAAUUUAGUUAUAUAAAUUUAUUUAAGUGCUGGUUCUGAUGAGUACUUCGUGAUAAUUAUAGUUAGCAUAUUUUCUAAAUUAAAAUCGAUCUCCAUCGCUCUCGGAUAGAUUUGUGAUUAGGUACGGGGGGGGCAAAGACGAAGAGUAUUUUAGCCUUUCUUGUGAUACUUUUAGAUUUUGAGCGGUCUUAUCUUGUUCUACACCUUACCUUUUACCAUGGCUACGGUUCCGGUAAGGCCACCACCUCCUCCGGCUGAUUUACAUCUUCGUCGGAACGUCUCUUCAACGAUGGCUUCGAGAUCUCCGGCAAUGGUUGCUGCAGUUUCGAGCCGGCAUUUUCUUGGGUUCUCUACUUAUAGUAGAUGCUUUGAGUUUAAAUCCUUGAGCCAAAUGAGGUAUCCGGCUUUUUUGAGCCGUCGGCGGCGAGUAACCACGGUGGUGGCUUCGGCGAGAAACUUGACGUCUCCGUCGUCGUGGGAGCCUUGGAAGCCAGAUAAGACGGCGGUGGCGACGCCUCUAUUGCUGAGUGAUGUCAUCUGGCCGGCAGCUGGAGCGUUUGCGGCAAUGGCAAUAUUGGGAAGAAUUGAUCAAAUUUUAUCUCCAAAAGGAAUUUCAAUGUCAGUGGCACCACUUGGCGCCGUCUCCGCCAUUCUUUUCAUCACUCCAUCUGCUCCUGCUGCUCGGAAAUACAACAUGUUUUUGGCUCAAAUAGGUUGUGCUGCCAUUGGAGUGGUAGCGUUCUCCGCCUUUGGACCAGGCUGGCUUGGCAGGAGCGUCGCACUCGCCGCUUCCAUAGCUUUUAUGGUCAUUGCUCGAGCCAACCAUCCUCCUGCGGCGAGCUUACCAUUAAUGUUCAUAGAUGGAGUGAAGUUCCAUCACUUGAAUUUUUGGUACGCAUUGGUCCCAGGUGCAGCUGCUUGUGUCAUUCUCUGCCUUCUCCAAUCGAUCGUAUGUUACAUGAAGGAUAAUCUAAAAUUUUGAUUAACUGUCACGCAACAUAUACGAUCAAAUGAUAUAUAUAAUAGUAGUAAUAAUGUAUAAAUAUACACACAUUGAUGGGAAUCUUGUGAAGAUAUUUGAUUCAUGUGUAGUGUACACUUGAUUUGAAUGUAUGUAAAUGACUAUAUAUAUAAUACGUUCAUUCAGCAUAUGUAAUUCUCCGUUUUUCUC